AUGAGGCUAUCGACGUCAUUGGCCUUUGCCGCAAGCGCAACGCUGGCUGCGGCCGCUUGGGACUGCAAACUGGACAACUACGACCUGACGCCCCUCGCUGGCGUUAAGACGGUGACACACGACGUGGACACGCCGCCGAGUACGACGCGGCGCAUAGUCCGCAUCAACCUGUGCGACCAGCUGGGAAAGGAGGACAAGGUUGCCGACGAGGACCAGGCGUGUAUGCAGGUUGUUUCCGUGAAGAAGGGCGCCGAUGACCGGUAUCUCCAGGCUGUCCCGUUGUGGGACAAGGACUCGCCAUCGCCCGAGGUCGGAGACGUGCGCGAGAAGGAGUGGCAGCUGCGCCUGAAGUCGUCCAAGAAGUAUGCCGGAUUGGAGCAGUACAUGAACAUCAACAUGAUCUGCGACCCAGACGCGGGCAACGACGCGGCGCCCAUCUUUGGGUACUUCGGCGAAGGGGACGGCAAGGCGACGCUCGAGCUCGCCUGGCGCUCUAAGGCGGCUUGCAAGCGUGAUGAGUCGGCCCCAGACGCUCCCUCAGACGGCGACGACGGCGACGGCGAGAAGUCCUCCGGAGGCGGAUUCUUCCACACCCUCGGCGUCAUCUUCUGGAUCGUCGUGUUCGCCCUUCUCGCCUACUUCGUCCUUGGUGCGCUGUACAACUACCAAAACUAUGGCGCGCGCGGGGCAGACCUCAUCCCCCACCGCGACUUCUGGCGCGAGGUGCCCGCCCUCGCGCAGGACCUUGGUAGCCACCUGUUCAACAACGUCCGCCAGAGCGGCAGUAGAGGUGGAUACUCGAGCCUCGGAUGA